CCCGGUGCCGGGGCCGGCGCUGGAGCGGCCGGGGGGGCCCGCGGCGGCCGCCACUGAGCCCGGCCGCACCCCCCCGGCACCGUCCCGGGAGCCCGCCGGGACCUUCCGGGACACUCGGCUCCAGCCCCGCUGUCCCCGGCACCUGGCACAGGGAAUCCCGCGGGAAGCGGCGAUGUCCGACAGAGGCGGCGGCAUGGACGGCAGGACGGACAUCGCCAACGGCAGCCUGUCGAGCAGCCCCGAGGAGAUGUCAGCCGAGGAGGGCCGUGAGACAUCCUCAGGGAUCGAGGUGGAGGCGUCCGACCUCAGCCUGAGCCUGACCGGCGACGACGCCGGGGCCGCGCGGGGCCGGGCCAGCGACAGCGACAGCUCCGGGGACAAGGACAGCGACAGCAUGGACGACACCGGCCACUACUCUAUCCCCGAGGAGCCGCGGCAGGACGAGGACGAGGACGAGGACGACGAGGAGGAGGAGGAGCCGCGCGCCCGGCGCAGGGGACCCCGCAACCGGCCGCCCCACGAGCGCGACUCGUCGGACGAGGAGCAGGCGCUGGAGGACUGGGUGGCCUCGGAGACGUGGGCGCUGCCGCGGCCGCGCUGGAGGGCGAUCCCGGCGCUGCGGCAGCGCCAGCUGGGCGGCUGCUCCCGCUUCGUGUCGCAGGCGUGCGGGGCCCGGCUGUUCGUGCAGAAAUUCCGGCUGCAGCACGGCCUGGAGGGGCACACGGGCUGCGUCAACACCCUGCACUUCAACCAGCGCGGCACCCGCCUGGCCAGCGGCAGCGACGACCUCAAGGUGUUGGUGUGGGACUGGCUGCGGCGCCGGCCCGUGCUGCAGUUCGACAGCGGGCACAAGAGUAACGUCUUCCAGGCCAAAUUCCUGCCCAACAGCGGCGACUCCACGCUGGCCAUGUGUGCCCGGGACGGGCAGGUGAGGGUGGCCGAGCUCUCGGCCACUCAGUGCUGCCGCAGCACCAAGCGCGUGGCCCAGCACAAGGGAGCCUCCCACAAGCUGGCGCUGGAGCCGGACUCACCCUGCACGUUCCUGUCGGCGGGGGAGGACGCCGUGGUCUUCACCAUCGAUCUGCGGCAGGACCGGCCUGCCUCGAAACUGGUGGUGACCAAGGAGAAGGAGAAGAAGGUCGGCCUCUACACCAUCUUCGUCAACCCCGCCAACACCUCCCAGUUCGCCGUCGGCGGCCGCGACCAGUUCGUCAGGAUUUACGACCAGAGAAAAAUCGACGAGAACGAGAACAACGGAGUCCUGAAGAAAUUCUGCCCCCACCACCUGGUGAGCAGCGAGUCCAAAGCCAACAUCACCUGCCUGGUCUACAGCCACGACGGCUCCGAGCUGCUGGCCUCCUACAACGAUGAGGACAUUUACCUGUUCGACUCCUCGCACAGCGACGGCGCCCAGUACAGCCGGCGCUACAAGGGCCACCGCAACAACGCCACAGGUCAGGGGGCGGCCCUAAACCGGCCCUAAACCGGCCCUAAAACUGACCCCAAAACAGCCCCAAACCGGCCCUAAAACUGACCCCAAAACAGCCCCAAACCGGCCCUAAAACUGACCCCAAAACAGCCCCAAACUGGCCCUAAAACGGCCCUAAAACGGGCCCGAAACCAGCCCGAGACCGGCCCUAAGACCAGCCCUGAAAUUGUCCCUAAACCAGCUCUAAAGCAGCCCUAAAACCAGCCCUAAACCGGCCCAAAACCAGCCCAAAACCAGUCCUAAAACUGGCCCCAAACCAGCCCUAAACCAGCCCUAAACCGGCUCUAAACCAGCCCUAAAACUGACCCCAAAACAGCCCCAAACCAGCCCCAAACCGGCCCUAAAACCGGCCCUAAACCGGCUCUAAACCGGCUCUAAACCAGGCCCAAAUGGGCCCUAAACCGGCCCUAAAACCAGCCCCAAACCGGCCCUAAAACUGGCCCUAAAACCAGCCCCAAACCGGCUCUAAACCGGCUCUAAACCAGCCCUAAAACUGACCCCAAAACAGCCCCAAACCAGCCCCAAACCGGCCCCAAACCAGCCCUAAAACAGCCCUAAACCAGCCCUAAACUGGCCCCAAACUGAUCCUAAACCAGCCCCAAACUGGCCCUAAGCCAGCCCUAAAACGGCCCUAAAGCAGCUCUAAACCAGCCCUAAUUCAACUCUAAGUCCAUCCCAAAAUACCCCAAAACCGGCCCUAAACCAGCCCUAAAACCAGCCCUAAACCAGCCCUAAAACGGCCCUAAAACCGGCCCUAAACUGGCCCUAAACCAGCCCUAAACCAGUCCUAAAACGGGCCCUAAACGGGCCCUAAAACCGGCCCUAAACCAGCCCUAAACCAGCCCUAAACCAGUCCUAAAACGGGCCCUAAACGGGCCCUAAAACCGGCCCUAAACCAGCCCUAAAACCAGCCCUAAACCGGCGCUAAACCGGCGCUAAACCGGCCCUAA